AAGCAACCAGUUUCACGCAGUUCACGCCAGUUCACGCUGCUUGCGAAAAUUGGAGCACACUGCACAGUUGGCUGUUGGCUCGGUGUGGCUCGGCGUCGUCCGGUCGACCGAUAUAUCCAACAGGUUAUAAAUGCAACCAUGAGCGGUGCCUUCGUGAUCAUUUUCACGAUUAUGGGACGAUAAUUCGCACCUUUCCAUGUUCCCGAGGAUCGCCGUGGUUGCGUCACCAUGAUCUCUGCAGCCCCAUUUGUUUCGCUGUUUCUCUUCCUGCUGAACGCCUGGGCGAUUCCCAUGCCAGAUGUUCCAAAACUACUCAUCGUCUCCUACGAUGCGUUCAGAUAUGAUUACUUCGAGAGAAAGCUGACACCGUUCAUGAGCCAGUUAAAGGCGCAGGGUACUUCCACUGACUACAUGAUAAACAUUUUUGUCACUAAGACUUUCCCAAAUCAUCACACGAUGGCAACAGGAUUUUAUGCGGAAACACAUGGGGUUGUAGAUAAUGAAUUUUUUGAUUCUAGCAAAAAUAAUACUACCAAGUAUUCAUACGAGCUGUAUCAUUACAAUAACAAUAUUUUACCUAUUUGGACGGUUAAUGAAAAAAAUGGCAGACGUAGUGGCACAAUGAUGUGGCCGGGCUCUGUGUUUGAAUAUCAAGGAACGUCGCCUACUUUCGCACAAGCUUUUAAUGAUACGAUUCCGUGGGAGAAGCGUAUUGAUGAAUUAUUAUCGUGGUUUGUACAUCCUACAAAUCCAAUAAACUUAGGAAUAUUGUAUAUUGAGGACCCAGAUUACCAUGGUCAUGCCAUAGGAAUAAACAGUCCUGAAUUUAAUGAAAUUCUCCAAAAAUUAGAUAAUAUUACCAAAUAUAUGCAUAAUAAAAUUGAUCAUUACGGCUUGACAGAUGCUCUUAACGUGAUUCACUUAAGCGAUCAUGGUAUGGCAUCGGUUACGAUGGAAAGAAUAAUAAAUUUGACAAAUUACAUCAACGUUACUGAUUAUACAUUUGUGGGAACUUCUCCGGGAUUACAUAUUUUUCCACAUCCUGGAAAAGAAGAGAUUAUUUAUCAGAAUUUGAAGUUUGCCGCAGACCAAACGAGAACGUUCAAAGUUUAUAGAAGAGAAGAUAUCCCGAAGAAGUAUCAUUAUGGCAAUAAUACUCGUGUGGGACCCAUUUUUGUCAUAGCUGAAGUUGGAUAUGCAUUUCAAAACCUUUAUGAUGCUAUAGAAUUUUAUAAACAGAAAUUUAAUAUCACGGUGGAUAAUCGGACAGAAUUUGGGCUGCAUGGUUAUAAUAAUGAAGCUAAAGAGAUGCAUCCAUUCUUCUUUGCGAAUGGACCUGCUUUUAUGCCAAGAUGUAAAUUAGAGCCUUUUAACAAUACAGAUCUGUUUCCCUUGUUCUGUGAAAUACUCAAUUUGAAAUGUCCCAUGGUUAAUGGUACUUUAUCUCACAUAACAAAGUGCCUUAGGACACAAUCGAAAGAUGUAUCAAUAUCUACAUAUAAAAUGUUCAUUGCAGUUAUCAUAACUACUACAUUAAUAGGAAUUUCGGUAGUGGCGACAAUAAUUUAUAGGAAAAAACGGAGAUUAGUAUAUAAUUAUAGGGAAUCAUAUUAUACGCUGGGCGAAUAAGACAUUACAAUUGAUUAUAUUACAAUUCAUUAAUAAACAUGAUUAUUUACA